AUGGAGAAAGCAAGGGGCAAGGGAACUGAAGGUGUGUGCAGGGAAGUUAAGGAGAAAGGCAAAGACAUGAGAGAGAAUGACCAAGGCAAUGGUGAUAGCGGGAAAGGACUGGAGAGGUCCAAAUGGCCCCAGACCCAGAAGCUGAACAGUGAAACCACCAUCUCAGCCCAGUGCCCUCAGAAGCCUCUGGUGACACUACACAGCUGCUUACAGCUUAAUGAACCACUGUUUAGUGUGCUGCUAAAUGAGGCUGCGAAGAGAGAACCAUCCAAAAUGGCAUCAGCCUUUCACUCAAGGAAAGAAGUUCUCCUCAUCACUUACCAGACUUCAUCUGAAGGACAAAAACACCCCCCAGAUCUUCACAUUUGGCAGGGUUUAGCUGAAAGUAAAAAAGAACACAGUCGUACAGGAAUAGAAAUCAAGAAGGGCAGGGAAGAGUGGAGGGCAUUGGAGAGUCACGAGAGGGUCAAAGAGGAGACGAGGGACACUGAAGACUUCGUACUCACCCCAGAUUUGCUUGAGCCAGGCCUCGCUAAUGUGUGCCUGGGCAACACUGAUUUGCAGCUGGUCAAAGGUGUGCUGGAGGCCAAGGGAGGCACUCAUUUGCAAAUGUUGGCUGACCAGAUACUAAGUAGUAAUUAUCCAGGAAGCAAAAGAGGGUCUCUAUUGACCCAGACUAAAGGCAGAUGUUAUGGUGUCUCUUCCCACAGAAAUUCCAAAAUAGAUUACAACUACUUGAAGGAAUUGAAUGAGGACUUAAAACUAAGAAAGCUGGAACUGCUAGAGAUGCAAAAACCUCUUGAAAAUAAGAACAACCUCUUAUUCCAGAAGUUAAUGUCAAACUUGGAGGAAAAACAAAGAAGUCUGCAGAUCAUGAGGCAGAUCAUGGCAGGGAAGGGGAGUGAAGAAUCCUCAGUCAUGGAGCUCAUUAAAGAAGCAGAAGAGAUGAAGCAGAAUCUGGAAAGGAAAAACAAGAUGCUCCGGAAGGAAAUGGAGAUGCUAUGGAACAAGACAUUCAACACAGAACAACUGAGUGAUCAACAAAAAACACCACAGAUGAAAAACAAAGCAAACCUGCAGGAUGAAAAGGCUCCCCAAACCUCCUCAUUGCCUAGGGAGACUGAGAAUGAAUCGGAGACAUCAUAUACAGAGAAAGCGAAGGAGAUAAGAAAGGAAAAGCAACAGAAGAAAAUAGAAUGGAUCAGGUAUCAGGAACAAGCCAACAACCUUCAGAAUGACUUUAAUGGAAAAGUGAUUGAGCUCAGAAUUGAAGCUUGGAAGAACUAUCAGAAGGCCAAUGACCUGAUAUUAUCACUGUACUUACAGCCCAAUUUUGAGCCAAAGCAGGCAUUUUUUAAUCUUCUUGGAUCCCAAGGAGGUACUAUGGGCACUACAACUGUGGGCAGAGCAACUAUGGGAAAAAAAAUGAAUCUAAUGUGAAUCCUGGGAUCAAAGACCUAUACAGAACAACAAAGAAUUAAAGGAAGUCAGUUUGAUGAUGUAGGAGGGAGGCUCUUUUUUCUGAGGUCACUGCCAGAUGAAUGAAUCUCUGAAGGACUGAAGGCUUUCACUCCAUUUGCUUGGACAACAGAUUUAAGGACUAGGCGUAGCCAUUUGUGUUCAUUAAAAUCUCUCAAACCUUUGUUUUAGUACGGUUUCCCCUCUCAUUCCCCACCAAAAUGGGUGGAAAUGCCAGUUAGAUGCUCAUCCGUAAGCACUUUAGGAAUUUAGUCCUGUAUGGAUUGUAAAACAGCCUCUGAUUAUUUGAUAACUUUUUAUUUUGAAAUGACAAGAUUCAAACCACAUUGUAUAUUAAGACCAUAAAAAACUGCUCAUCUUCAUCUCUGAAAUGUUUAA